AACACUUGUUCCAACCAAAACAACAAUGGGUUCCAAUCAGAUUACAGCAGCAACAACAAUUACCAGCCACAAUCUCAGACUCUAAGCAGAAGAUCAGAUGAUGGUUACAAUUGGAGAAAAUAUGGUCAGAAACAAGUGAAAGGUAGUGAGAAUCCAAGAAGUUACUAUAAAUGCACAUUCCCGAAUUGCCCAACAAAGAAGAAAGUUGAGAGAUCCUUGGAUGGACAAAUCACAGAGAUUGUUUAUAAGGGUACUCAUAAUCACCCUAAGCCUCAGAAUACUAGGAGAAACUCUUCAUCUUCUUCUAAUUCUACUGCUUUUGCAAUUGCUCCCUCCAAUCAAAUGAACAACUCUGAGGUGACUGAUCAUCAAUCUUAUACACAUGGUAGUGGACAAAUGGAUUCUAUUGCCACCCUUGAGAACUCCUCAAUUUCAGUUGGGGAUGAUGAUUUUGAACAAAGCUCUCAGAGGUGUAAAUCAAGUGGAGAUGAUUAUGAUGAUGAUGAACCUGAUGCCAAAAGAUGGAAAAUUGAAGGGGAAAAUGAGGGAAUAUCAGGAGGUGGAAGUAGAACAGUGAGAGAACCAAGGGUUGUGGUUCAGACAACAAGUGACAUAGAUAUCCUUGAUGAUGGCUACAGAUGGAGGAAGUAUGGCCAAAAAGUAGUUAAGGGCAAUCCAAAUCCAAGGUAAAAAUAUUUUUAAGUCACUUCUUUUGAUUCAUCUUUUUGGGAAAUUCUUUCAACUUCUUUUAUGUUCUAUCAUGUCACAGUACUUUGAUAAAUUCCUUUUUUCCUUUUCUCUUGGAUCAAACAUCGCAUGCACAUCAUAAAAGGACAUAAUAUGUUGCAUACUACUACUUGAUUCAUCUUUUUUUAAAUUUGCACUGUAACAUGGGUGUACCUAUUAUUCUGGUAUAAAAUUUCUUGGUCAAAUUAGGCUUUAGGA